GUAGUAAAUGUGUGUUCUAAAGGACUAGCCUGGGCUUUUACUGGUUUGGUCAAGUCCUGGUGCUGGUAUUAUCUGAGAAAAGUCCAAAGGUCUGAGCAGAGGAGUGUUUUUAGGAGCGCACAGACGCACUUGCCCAGCUGUGAUUCGCUCCUCUGCUGUGUACUGAUCGUCGCUGUGGCUGAUUUAUUUGUUUAUUUUUUUUUUAUUAUAAAGACACAGUUCAUAUAAGACAGAAGUAACAUGUCAGCUACGCGGAUGCGGAUGCUUUCACCUAGAAACUUUUUCAGCCGGAGUGAUGUGUUACUAUCCGGCGGCGGUGGAGCGCGGCGGCCCGGCGGCAGUCAGUCCGUGGGUUCCGGGGGCUCCGUUGGUUCCGGGGUCCGAUCACUGACCUGUCCCUCUCUGUCCUCCUCUCCCGGUAGAGCUCUGUCCAGUCUGAGCACAACGCGACGCGGGCUCCCCAAAGAGAAAAUGACCGAGAAUGGCGUGGCGACCCGGGCCAAAGUGUUGACCAUCGACACCAUGAACCCCACGGUGAAGAAGGUGGAAUAUGCCGUGAGGGGGCCCAUUGUGCAGAGAGCCGUGGAGCUGGAGAAGGAGCUGUCUGAGGGAAUCAAGAAGCCCUUUGCUGAGGUCAUCAAGGCCAACAUUGGUGACGCGCACGCCAUGGGCCAGCAACCAAUCACUUUCUUCCGACAGGUCUUGGCCCUUUGCUCCUACCCUGAACUCUUGAAUGACAGUACAUUCCCCGAGGAUGCUAAAAGUAGAGCACGCCACAUUCUGCAGUCCUGUGGAGGGAACAGUAUGGGUGCAUACAGUGCCAGUCAGGGUAUUGACUCUGUCCGUCAGGAUGUGGCCAGAUAUAUUGAGCGAAGAGAUGGUGGUGUGUCCUGUGACCCUGACAACAUUUACCUCACCACAGGAGCAAGUGACGGCAUUGUGACCAUGCUGAAGCUGCUGGUCUGUGGCCAGGGGAGUAACCGUACCGGCGUCAUGAUCUCCAUACCUCAGUAUCCCCUGUAUUCGGCUGCUUUAGCUGAACUGGGCGCAGUGCAGAUCAACUAUUACCUUAAUGAGGAGAAGUGUUGGAGUCUGGAUAUCAGCGAGCUGCAGCGUGCGUUGGAUGAAGCCAGGCAACACUGCAACCCUCGAGCCCUGUGCAUCAUCAACCCUGGAAACCCCACAGGUCAAGUUCAGAGCAGACAGUGCAUCGAGGAUGUCAUUCGAUUUGCAGCGAAGGAGCGUCUCUUCCUAAUGGCUGAUGAGGUGUACCAGGAUAAUGUUUACGCCGACGGGUGCCAGUUUCACUCUUUCAAGAAGGUUCUGUUUGAGAUGGGACCAGAGUACUCGAACACAGUAGAGCUGGCGUCCUUCCACUCCACCUCGAAGUGUUACAUGGGAGAGUGCGGCUUCCGUGGAGGCUACAUGGAGAUCAUCAACAUGGACAAUGAAGUGAAAGCCCAGCUGACCAAACUGGUGUCAGUGCGCCUUUGUCCACCUGUUCCUGGACAGGCUCUGAUGGACCUGGUGGUCAACCCCCCACAGCCCGGAGAGCCUUCCUACGCCAAUUUUAUCAAGGAGCGCACAGCUACACUAAGUGCCUUAGCGGAAAAGGCCAAACUCACAGAGCAGGUUCUCAAUACUGUGCCUGGAAUCAGAUGCAACCCUGUGCAGGGGGCUAUGUACUCCUUCCCAUCUCUAACCAUCCCUGAAAAGGCUGUUCGGGAGGCCAGGGACAAAGGCCAGCAGCCAGACAUGUUUUACUGUAUGAAGAUGUUGGAGGAGACCGGGAUCUGCCUCGUACCUGGAAGCGGCUUUGGUCAGAGGGAUGGAACCUACCACUUCAGGAUGACCAUCUUGCCACCGACAGACAAGCUGAAGAUCCUGCUAACAAAGUGAAGGAAUUCCACCAGAAAUUCACCAAGGAAUAUUCUUAAAUGCCUACGUUUUCUUCUUUUUUUGCCAACCACAAGAUAAGACCUCAGCCAAUCGGUCACUAUGACGUGCCUUUCCUUUUGUGGCUCUGGUGGUCUCUGUGAUGACGCACUUCAGCCUCAACAUCUGUCUCAUUUGGACAUUUCUUAACAGUAGAUUAUGCACUUUUUUGUCUCAAGAUUAAACAAAAAAACUGGAAAUGAAGAAGGUCCAUACAGAGACAUGUAUCACUUUAGAAUGAAGUAUGUGGCUUUAUUUACUCUGUGUUGUUUCAGCUUUGAAGGAUGCAUGUACUGUGCAUAAAACACCCUGUCUCUGUCAUUGCCAACAUUAAAGAAAAGGUACAAAAUGAUGCUGCAAAAAAUCAUAAGUAAAGCCAGUUAAAAUGUGAAGUUUCUGCAGGCAGUUCUUUUACAGCAGAAGUGUAGAAAAGUCUCAUUUGCAUGAUUCGAAAAUGAUUUUGCAGAAUUACAAUAUAUGUAACAUUAUGCUUUGUUUUGGAAAACCUGUCUAAUUUUUUUUUUUUUUUUUUAGAAUUUAUAGUUAGGAACCAUGUAUUUGCUUUGACCAUGAGCUGGUCCUCCUUUGUACCAUGAAUACUUCACUGACUAAUUAAUUGUUAGAUCAUGAUGUGUAUAUAUUUAUAGUAUGAAUUGAUUUCUCUGACUCAUUCUGGGAAGGAUUAGACACAAUAGUUUUAGUAUUUUGAUGCUUCUGUCUGCUGUUUUUAUGCCGUAACUGAUCAUAAACAUUCAAUGUUUAUUCCA